AUGUCUGACCAAACAGGAUCUACAGGGACUGAAGGACAGAGUUUUUGGCAAAGAUGGAUUUCGGGUCCGCCUGAAACUCAGAAUCAUCAAUCGAGCAGUGAUUCGUCAUCGUUGGAGCAGCACGAUGAAGGAUUUUUGAAGCGGUACAUGCCUACAUGGUUCUUCGCUCAAGAAAACAUACAAAUAACGGACAAGACUUCUUACCAUCAGCUCACUAAGAAACAAGUAAAGAUAUUGGAGAACGAAGCAGAACAAAGCAUACUCAAAGGCCACGACACUUGGUGUUGGUUUAACCAGACAAUGAAUUCCAAGAAUCUUGAUAUGGAUGGCGUGUUGUCAGUGUUUAACACUGGUAGCGCAACUUGUCCACUUCCGCUUGUAAAAUAUCCUUUAUUGCUACCGAGUAGCUCUAAGAAAGUCAUGCUCAAAAACUCGAUGAUAAUACCUGGCGUAGCGCCUACGGAAUAUUUGCAUGAACUACCAUUGAAAACUAAACUAGCAAACGCUGUGAAAAAUCAUUACAAUUUCCCUUGCGAAAAGCACAUGUACCUGAAGCAGCACUUGCAAAAUAGUUUUGAGGAUGCUAGUAACAUAAUUGUGAUAUCAUUACAUGGCUUUUUGCCUGAUAAAUAUGAAAAAGCGACGGUCGGCCAUCUCCCAUCAUCUUUGCACCUCAAUAGUGAAAUGUUGAAAGCAUUACUGCCCUUGGAACCGCAAAGAGUGUCAACUUUUUCAAUCGAAUGUCCUUUGGACGUUAAACACACCUCUACUGUUCUAAAUGAGGUCGUUUCUCUAUUGAGAAACUGGAAUCACAUAUUUUGUGAUUGUACUCGCAUUUUUAUUAUUGGCACAUAUCAUAGUGUCCCUUUAUCCUUUUUCUUAGCUCAGUCAAUAUUAAAUGAUUUUGGAUUAACUAAGUUAAAAUCUAUAGGGAUCUUGGGGAUUGAUUCAUGCCUACAGGGCUAUCAGUUUUGGGAUCAUUCUGCAGAAAUAACACCUCAAAGUAUGGAAAACCCAAGUUUUCAACAAGCCAAAGAAAAGGGAUUAUUUGAUGGCUCCUCCAAAUUACAGCAGGAAGUUCUCUCUAGUAUCAGAAACUACCGAGAUCCUGGCUCAGAUGAAAGUAAAGAGGUAUUACGUGUUCUUGAUGAACUGUUGUUUCAUCACCCCCACAUACGAGUAACGUUACUAGGUAAGCUAUACCACAACUUUUUAACAAUCUCACAAUCCUUGGCCAUUGAUUAUAUCCACCCAUUAAUACAACGUAGGUUGUGGUGUGAUGGGAAUAAUAUGAACCUAGGGUAUAGGUCUCUUAAGGAAGUUUUACCUAAUAAAACAAUUGACAAGUUAAAUCAAGAGUUUAAAGUUCCUAUUCCUAAAGAACGGGAAUUUGAAGUGACUUUAAUAAAUAACCUUCUACUCGCAUUAAAUUUAGGUCAUACAGAAUUUAUUCCCUUGAUGAAAGAGCUAGGUCCUUUCUUCAUAUCGAGAUCGUUUAACGAGUUUACAUGUCCUGGUCCAUUGAAAAAACAGUUGCAAGGUGAAUUGAAAUCAUGGCUUCAAGAAAGAGACUCCAAAUGGAAGGAUUUGUUACCAAGUAAUUCAAAUGAAGAUGAACUACUACCACAAGAUAUUAACACUUACUCAGAGGCGUUUGAUUAUAUUUAUUAUAGGUCACAGAGAUUCCCGGAUCAAAUCUCAUUGAAAACUAGUAUAUAUGACGAUACGUCAAUAUAUGAAGGGUUUGUUUAUGACACAUUAUUAACUGCAAAUCUCCAAGCUCCAAAGCACCUAGUUAUUCACCAUGCUGGUAAUGGUAAAGUAUUCAAUAGAAUUAAUGAAUAUAAUGUUGUUUGGAAUUUUCACGAAGCAAUGGGUGCCUUUCUUCAAAUAAGGAAUUUACCUUCAAAUAUAGCCGAUCCAUCAAUAACAGCCAUGAUCGCAGCUGAUAAUAUGAAAAAUCAUUGGUUUUCGCCAACUAAAGCAUCUUUCCCAAAAUCGCAAACCGAGGCUUACAACAGACUUAACGAAAUUUGGCAAACCUAUCAAACCUGGAAUCCAAGCACUACUGGUUUGAGACAACUGAAAAAAGUAUUUAGUGUUCUCCAGCUUUAUGAUUCUGGGCAACAAUUACAGAAGGAGGUAUCCAUUAUGUAA